AUGGAAGCCCAUUUUGAUGAUCCUGAAGGACCAAAGAUGGUGUUUUACAUAAGGGACAACAUUGAGAGUCAGAUAAAAUGUGUAGCAACUGGGAAACAUGCUUAUGCCUUCCAGGAAAGGUUUGAAAAUAGGGGAGGUCGUCGACUGGUGAUUGUGUUGACUAAAACCUUAUCUAAACUCAUUUAUACAGCUUAUUCUGGUCCUAUAGAAGAAACCGAGGGAAACUUAUCUGACUUCAGGUUCAAUCCGCGCUUGCCGGAGGUAGAGGAGUUCAGACAAUCAGUCAAUAACAGUGACCCUUAUGUUCGGAAGUACAGAGCUAUAGGGCCUUUAAAAGGUUUUAUCUAA